AUGCCCGAACAAGUGAUCACUUUAGAGUCUCUGAUUAACCUCGACGCGCCUUUUCUCCCUUACCACGUCGCCGAAUUCAUCCGUCGCUCCUAUCUCUACCAAUCGCUAUGGUCCCUCGAACAAGAGGCGCUAUUCCACGCCAUACCUCCCCCCAUUUGGUCCCAGUUGGAGAUUUACAUCUCUGCGCUUUCGCAUGAUUUGAAUUUCAGAGCGAAGGAAUUGGAGGAAGGGUGGAGUUGGAACAUAUUUGAUCGCAAGGUGAGGGAGAGCUGGAAGAUGGGGGAGAGGCUCAAAGUUGAGAGGUCGAGAAUGAGUGAGGUGAUGAAUACCAGUGGGUGGUGUGAGUACCCGUUUCAACAUGCCUGUUGUCGAGGUGUCGCUCGGCGAACUCGGACUCGGCAGUUUGGGCCAGCGUCCCGGAGCCCGGCUCGGCUCCCGGGUCGGUCUCCCGAGUGGGGCCGACGAUUCUUCUCUUGACCACCGCAGACUUAAUCCAACAUUGA